UUGUCUUCCGGUUUUCAUUCCAAAAUGGCGGCGGCCAGGUCAUUUAAUUCCACAGUUGCUAAUUCUGGACAAGUGGAAACAAAUUUUACAGUCCCAGACGUCUACCCUGGAAGUCACGCGGUAAGAGUUGGUUCCCAGAAUAAUGAUGGACAGUACGGAGGCAGUAAUAUGUUUCCUUUGGAAAAGACGCCUAUCAAUAGAGAGAAACUCGAAACAUAUAUUGGAUCCGACGAAGAUGUGGAGCGCUUAGUUGAGGAAGUAUUGCCGCCGUUAGACGUUGAAGAGAUAAAAAGUCGUGUGGAAAAAACAUUCAAAGAAUUUCGCAACCGUAGAAAGAUUUUGAUCAAAAACCUACCAUCGGAUGUAACUAACCAGGAAGUACACAGCCUUUUGUGUGAUUAUGAACUGAAGUAUUGCUUUGUGGAUAAAUAUAAAGGAACAGCAUUUGUGACUUUGUUGAAUGGAGAGCAGGCAGAAUCUACCAUCAGGCAGUUUCACAAGACACAGCUGAGAGACAAAGAAAUAAUAGUCCAGUUACAACCUACGGACGCACUGUUGUGCAUAGCGAAUUUGCCUCUGUCAUAUACUCAGCAGCAGUUUGAAGAGCUGGUGCGUCCUUUUGGAAACCUAGAAAGAUGUUUCUUAGUAUGUAAUGAGCAAACUGGCCAUUCCAAAGGGUACGGGUUUGUAGAGUACAUGAAAAAGGACUCUGCUGCUCGAGCUAAAUCAGAUCUUCUUGGUAAACCACUGGGUUCUCGAACAUUGUUUGUGCACUGGACUGACGUUAAUCAGUUGACUUAUGACCUGAUCCAUUCCAAAUGCUUGUAUGUGGAAAAACUACCCCUUGACUACAGGGAUGUUGAUCAGCUGCAGCAUAUAUUUUCCAGUGUAUAUCGUCCUGUGUUCUGUCAAAUUGCCUAUGGGUCAGAUGGGAACAGCAGAGGAUUUGCAGUGGUGGAGUAUGAAACACCAGAGUUUGCUGAGGCAGCUCAAGAGAAGGCAGAUGGUUAUCCCAUUGGUGGCAACAACAUCAGGGUCUCAUUCUGUGCUCCUGGACCUACUGGAAGAAGUAUGCUGGCUGCACUGUUAGCAGCACAAGCUAUGGCUGUAAACCGUGGAAAAGGAGGUCUGCUGCCGGAGCCAAACUUUGCCCAGAUUCUGAAUAGUUUUAACAACCCAGCAUCAUUGCAGCUUCUAUUGAACCCAUUACUUCAUGGAGUCAUUGGGGCAAAACAAGGUAUUCUCGGAGCAGCGCCUUUCUUAACCAAUCCGGCUUUAUCCACUGCCCUCCUGCAACUAGCACUACAGAACCAGACACAGCAGAAUGUAUUACCUGGAAGCCCUCUACUACUGCAGAACCAGUUGUGGACACAGCUUUUGCAGAACAAGGAGAUUCAGGCGCUCCUCAGUAAAGCUGGUAUUCUAGGAGAACCUCCACUUACACCCUUGCCGCAUAGUGGGAUAGGAGCGUUGAACCCAGCUGUGCAACAGCCAGGAAAAGGACUACUUGGAGAACCUUCAUUAGGUGGUUCUUUAUCAUCCCUUGGUCCAGAAGUUUCCCAGGGCCAUUCUAAAAAUUCAGUUCUAUCUGGUGCGAACCUACCUCUACAGCAGUUCUUUGGGCAAGGUUUAGUGGAUCGAGAUACAGCUGCCGCUGCUCCUGUUAAUCGGUCAGUUUUACCAAGCAUGUCUACCCCCACUCUGGGAUCUGUGAUUGGAGGAUCACAGAAAUCAAACCCAAGUAUGGAUGUUGGGCGUUCUGGGAUGGUGUCUUCCCUGCUUGGAGAGCCCCCAAGGGAUCUUAAGAUGCCCCAGAAUCCUUACCUGAAUUUCCACAGUGUGCUUCCCCCUUCUAACAUGUCAAGUGGUGGUAAAACUCAGUUUAAGCGUACCCCUAGUGGUGUUGGCUCAUCUUCCAGUUCCAGAAUUUCACAGGGUUCAUUGUCUAGUCGGUACAUAGGUUCUGGUGGACUGCUGGAAAAUUACUCUUUUGCAGACUUUUUACGAGAUCGACCAAUGUCUUCAUACAGCCAGUCAAAAGACUUGAAUAAUCCAGGAAUGGGAGGCUAUGGUUCCAGUCUGAGUAAGGAUGAUCCAUCAUCAUUUUAUUAUCGAUCAAAAGAACAGGAUGACCUAGAAAUGAGAAAUUACGGUGCCACUCAGAUGAAGGACCUGUCUUCUCAUUACUAUCGGUCCCAAGAACAAGGUUAUGAUCACAGUCAGAGUAAGGAUCAAACAUCAUCUCUGUACUAUCCAAAAGAUCACAAUGAUUCAGGACUUGGAGGUUAUGAGUCCAGUUACAGUAAGGAUCGGCCAUCAUCAUCUAUGUACUAUGAGUCAAAAGAACAGAACAGUCUGGGAUUAACUAAUUACAGUUCCACUCAGAAUAAGGAUCCACCAUCAUCUUUGUAUUAUUCAAAAGAUCUGAAUGAUCCAGGAAUAGGAGGCUAUGGUUCCAGUUAUACCAAGGCAUCUCUACAAACUGGUGAACAUAACAGCUUGGGACCACCUUUUCCAUAUAGUUCAGGAUCUCCUACGUCUUACUUUGCCAGUGGAUUACAAGCAGGGCUUCAACAGACACAGUUCAAGACGGGAAGACCAUCAGUAUCUUCUGGAGCUGGUAUUGUAGGUACCAUGCCACAUUCCUCUACCUCCAGUAGUCUAAUGAAGACACCAGUUGGAGCUCAGAAACGAGGUUUCUCCCACUUAAUUCCUUCACCUGAACCCAGCCCAGAAGGUGGUUAUAUCGGACAACAUUCACAGGGACUUGGAGGGCAUUAUGCAGACUCUUAUUUGAAGAGAAAGCGAAUAUUUUAGAAGGCACUUUUAAGUCUUGUACUGGAGCAGUGUAUAUGAGCCUGUACAUUGUGUAAAUUUUAGUUUUCUUAACGUAACUGUCUUUUCUUUAACUUUAGUUCUGUGAAAAAAUAUUUGUUUUUAUGUUUAAUUAGCAGGAAGAAUGUGUGUUCUUCACCUUAAAAUGUGAAAAUUCAUCAACAGCAUUUGGCAAGCAAGGUAACAUAACCACCCUGUCAUGACAUUGCUUAUUACAUGAAGAAACUAUAACCUGCUUUCCUUGCAUGCAUGUGUGGGUGUGUGUCUUGUUACGGUAGUAUUAACUUAGUGGAUUGUUAGAGGAAACAUACCUGGAACUUGACUCAGUGUGAUAAGGCAGAAAGAUAGGGGCUGUUGCCUUGUUACAUUUUGAUGCUGAAAAGAAAAGGGCAAUACUAGUUAAAUUCUUUGUGUUGGCUAGAUUAAAGGAUAGAACAGGGCUGCUUGGUAAGUUGUCUGCCCUUGAGGAAUAGAGUUCAUACGUUUUGCAAUAUUAUUUUAAAAACAGAGGUGACACCAUAUGAAACCUAUACCUUCCUCAAGUAGUUUAUAUGCUAGCAUCUGUCUUCAGUAAAAUAAUUUGAAAUUGCCCUGAGAGUGGCAUGCUCCAGUGGCGUAAAAAAAAUCACAUUUCUAUUGUGGUUAAUGAUAUCUUAGUAUGAUGUGUAAUACAUUAUAAGAACAGGCUUGUACUUCUGGGUUAAGACAUGGGGAUUUCCUCUGAAGAAUAUACUUUCCUUUAAGAUGUCUCAGAAAAAAAAAAGACGCACAAAGGAGAGUUGGCCCAUAUUAUUUUCCUUAAUAAUUAUCAGAUAGCCCUGUCACCGGGGCAGCAUUGGGGUUAAGUUUUCUAAGCCUGGCAGGCAUAUUGUUUGUGUGUGUGUAUAUAUGUUUGUGUAUAUAUAUAUAUAUAUACACACACACACACACACACACACACAC